CUCAAGUGAGAACAGCAGCAAAGGAACCCCGGCUUCUCCCUCAGGGUCCACACCACCAAUCCCCAAAGUCCGCAUAAAAACCACUAAGAUGUCUUCUGGGGAAAUCAAGAGAACAGUGACCAGGGUAUUGCCAGAAGUGGAUCUUGACUCUGGGAAGAAACCUUCCGAGCAGACGGUGUCUGUGAUGGCCUCUGUGACAUCCCUUCUGUCGUCUCCAGCAUCAGCUGCCACCCUUUCCCCUCCCGCCAGGGUGCCUCUCCAGUCUGCGGUGGUGACCAAUGCAGUUUCCUCUGCAGAGCCCACCACUAAACAGGUCACAAUCAAGCCUGUGGCUACUGCUUUCCUCCCAGUGUCUGCUGUGAAGACAGCAGGAUCCCAAGUCAUUAAUUUGAAGCUCGCUAACAACACCACGGUGAAAGCCACGGUCAUACCUGCUGCCUCUGUCCAGAGUGCCAGCAGCACCAUCAUUAAAGCCGCCAAUGCCAUCCAGCAGCAAACUGUCAUGAUGCCAGCAUCCAGCCUGGCCAAUGCCAAACUUGUGCCAAAGGCUGUGCAUCUUGCCAACCUUCUGCCUCAGGUUGCCCAGGCCACCUCUGAACUCUGCCAAGUGUCAACCAAAACUCAGCAACAAAUAAAGAAGGCAAUAAUCAAUGCAGCAGCCUCACAAGCCCCCAGAAAGGUGUCUCGAGUCCAGGUGGUGUUGUCCUUGCAGAGUUCUGUGGUGGAAACUUUCAACAAGGUGCUGAGCAGUGUCAAUCCAGUCCCUGUUUACAUCCCAAACCUCAGUCCUCCUGCCAAUGCAGGGAUCACAUUACUGAUGCCUUGGUACAAGUGCUUGGAGUGUAGGGACUCCUUUGAACUUGAAAAGAGUCUGACCCAGCACUAUGACAGAUGGAGCGUGUGCAUCGAAGUAACAUGCAACCUUUGUACAAAGAACCUCGUUUUUUACAACAAAUGCAGCCUCCUUUCCCAUGCCCGUGGGCAUAAGGAGAAAGGGGUGGUAAUGCAAUGUUCCUACUCAAUUUUAAAGCCAGUCCUAGCAGGUCAAACGAUAGUUUCUCCAUCAAGCAAUACUUCUUCUUCAUCAGAGGAAAAAUCCACUCUUCAGAGCCCUGUGGGAGCUGGCAUACACACUGUCACAAAAAUUCAGUCUGGCAUAACUGGGACAGUCAUACCAUCUCCUUCAAGCACUCCCAUCACCACAGCCAUGCCCCUAGAUGAAGACCCCUCCAAGCUGUGUAGACAUAAUCUAAAAUGUUUGGAGUGUAAUGAAAUCUUCCAGGACAAGACAUCGCUGGCUACACCUUUCCAGCAGGCUGCAGAUAUGAGUGGACAAAAGACUUGUACUAUCUGCCAGAUGCUGCUUCCUAACCAAUAGAGAAUCCAUCAGCACAAAUCUCCAUACACCUGCCCUGAGUGCAGGGCCAUCUGCAGGUUGGUGCACUUCCAGACCCACGUCACCAAGAACUGUCUGCACUACACAAGGAGAGUUGGUUUUCGACAUGUAUGUUGCAAUGUUGUGUACUCUGAUGUGGCUGCUCUGAAGUCUCGCAUUCAAGGUUCUCACUGUGAAGUCUUCUACAAGUGUCCUAUUUGUCCAAUGACGUUUAAGUCUGCCCCAAGCACACAUUCCCACACCUACACACAGCAUCCUAGCAUCAAGAUAGGAGAACCAAAAAUAAUAUAUAAGUGUUCCAUGUGCAACACUGUGUUCACCCUGCAAACCUUGCUGUAUCGCCACUUUGACCAACACAUUGAAAACCAGAAGGUGUCUGUUUUCAGGUGUCCAGACUGUUCUCUUUUAUAUGCACAGAAGCAACUUAUGGUGGACCAUAUCAAGUCUAUGCAUGGGACAUUGAUAAGCAUUGAAGGGCACUUGGGUGUAAACUUGCCUUUGAGCAUUAAGCCUGCAACUUAUAAUUCAGCAUAUCAGAACAAAGAGGACAGCAUAUCCAUGAAUGGGAAAGAGAAAUUGGAAAAGAAAUCUCCAUCUCCUUUGAAAAAAUCAGUGGAAACCAAGAAAGUGGCCAGUCCUGGGUGGGCAUGUUGGGAGUGUGACCGCCUGUUCAUGCAGAGAGAUGUGUACAUAUCCCACGUCAGGAAGGAGCAUGGGAAACAAAUGAAGAAACAACCCUGCUGCCAGCGUGACAAGCCUUUCAGCUCGUCCCACAGCCUGUGCUGGCACAACCGGAUCAAGCACAAAGUCAUCAGGAAAGUGUACACCUGCUCACACUGCCCAGACUCUAGAGGUACCUUUACCAAACAGUUGAUGUUGGAGAAGCAUGUCCAGCUGACGCAUGGCAUCAAGGACCCUGACCUGAAAGAAAUGACAGACGCUACCAAUGAGGAGGAAACAGAAAUAAAAGAAGACCCCAAGGUCCCCAGUCCCAAGUGGAAGUUGAAAGAACCGGUUCUGGAGUUCAGGCCUCCCAGAGGAGCAAUCACUCAACCAAAGCUGAAAAUCAAUGUUUUUAAGGUUCACAAGUGUGCCAUGUGUGGCUUCACCACCGAAAACCUGCUGCAGUUCCAUGAACACAUCCCUCAGCACAAAUCAGAUGGUUCUUCCUACCAGUGCCGGGAGUGUGGCCUCUGCUAAUGUCACGUCUCUCUGUCCAGGCACCUCUUUGUUGUACACAAGUUAAAGGAACCUCAGCCAGUGUCCAAGCAAAAUGGGGCUGGGGAAGAUAACCAACAGAACAAACCCAGUCACGAGGAUGAAUCUCCCAAUGGCGCCAUGUCAGACAGAAAGUGCAAAGUGUGCACAAAAACUUUUGAAACUGAAGCUGCCUUAAACACUCACAUACAGACACAUGGUAUGGCCUUCAUCAAAUCCAAAAGGAUGAGCUCAGACGAGAAAUAGCCACAGACGCUCCAUGAGGAAAAUCCCUGUCCACAUUGGCAUAAGACACUUUCGUUACACAAAGUUUGCAGUAUAAUAGAGUUAACAGUACUGUCUAGGCUGUUGCAAUAUAUUCUCUUUCAACGUGCCUUCCUUCUUCAUCUUGUCAUAUAUAUCCUCAUUAAGUAUUAAAACAGAAUUUGAGUUUAAAAGAGUUUGUAUAUAUUUAAAUGAAUAACUUUUUAUACUCUUUGUUACAUGUUUGUAUCAGUAUUCAGUGGAAAACGUUUUGAGUUGUUUUGGGUUAGAAUUUUUCUUUUUGUACUGUUUCUUUAAAACAGAGUUCUUAGUAACAGGGGCAGUUCCUGAAUUCAAAUAAAUCAUUUUGUAUGUUUCGAAUUUGAAUGGGUUAACUAAUUACAGGCUAAAAUAACACCUUUUUUAGUGUUUUUAAUUUUUAGAAUUCACUACAUAAAUUGGAAGUAAUUGUGGGUCUCAAAAACACUAGGAACUUUUAAGUGUCUUAGCACCUCCUCCAUGUGCCUGCCCUGAGGGAGUGAGUACACGUUUGAGACAACUGCACUCCAGUGUGGGCGUGUCUUUGUCUUCAGGCCACGCCGAAGGGUGUCUAAAGCAGCCUUGCAGGUCGCUCCUUUCCCAGCCGUGGAUGAAAACUGAAGCCAGGAAUCUAAUAAGGAAUGCUGAUUUCCUCAAUUCCAUUUUGAGGAAUGGGGAAGGCUAUUCUAAAGAAAAAAAAAAAUGGGACAGGUUUUCUGGGUAGAUCUGCAAGGCUGGCUUUAAGAGCACAAGGAGGGAAAGUAACGAAAGGGCUGGACUACUAUAAAAGUUACAAACACGUAGUUAGACCAAUAGAUCUAUAUAGUCAGGUUUUUGUCAUGUAAUUUAUUAACUAUUACAGAAACACAACUAAGAAUAUCAAGUAUUUCUCUGGCUCUUGAUAGAAAAAAAAAUCAGCUGACUUAAUCCUUUGCUGUCAAAAGAGUUGGCGUUUCCCGUUGUGGGUGCUACUGCCAAACGUUCUGGUGCUUAGAGGUGGGAUGCACGACGUCAACCACCAACUUAUCAAUGCAGCCGGCUGUGUGUCACAAUUGGCCGUUACCUUAAGCACUGAGCCACACGGGAUUAGUUCAGCCAUUUCAAGAGGUAUAUUUAACGUCGGCAGUUCUGCUUUACUAAAAUGCAGUAGAGGUACUCUUCUGUCCCUUCCGUUUAUAGUUCUCUGAGAGAGUUAUAUUUUUUGGUUUCGUUUUGUGUUUUCUUUUGAAUUUUAUAUCUUGUAUUUAUUCCUGAACAUGUUUUGUACUUUUUUUUUUUAAGAAAAGGAAUUAUUUUGUGUAUAUAUAGAUACUUGCAUGAUAUACUGUAGUCAAUGUUCGGUUCCUCGAAAGGUCUUGCUGCUGUCAGGUGUUAUACACUCCAUCCAUCAUAACUGUAUGAAACACAUUUCAUAUGUAAAUAAACGUGGGACAUUUGAAAAAAAAAGUUUGUUCUAUGUAGUUGAAAAUCAUUGGCUAAGUUCAUUAUAACCUCCUUUCUGCAUCUUACCCUCAUCCACACCCUUACAGCCUUUCAUUAAUUGUAAAUUCUUAUGUCUGUAUUUUCCAUAUCUACUUAGUACUACCUUUUGGAAUGAAUCUUUUAUGCUCUGCUCUGGUCAAUAAUCUUGGGUGAAAUGAGAACACAAAUCCAGAGAGACCAGGUUUCUGUAGUUCUCUAACAUCGGAUGCUGAUACAAAUUCUGCUGUGCAGUGCCCAGGCAUUGCCACCCCUCUGGAGAGAA